AUGAUGUUAGUGGCGGCAAUACUAUUGAGUUGUUCUUUCCUUGAUUCGAUUCGUAUCGUCAGCAAUUUAAGUUUAGCAAAUGCUGUAUCACAUCUUAUCGUCAAUGCUAUACUCGUCAUUUAUUGCCUUUCAAAGAUUUCUGAAUGGGUUUGGGGUGAGGUUCCAAUAGCGCUUGAUAUUCGAACACUACCAACGAUGAUCGGAGUGGUCGUUUUCGGUUAUACAUCACACAUCUUCUUGCCAUCACUCGAAGCAUCAAUGCAGGUAAGUUGA